CACGCACAUCGACACCGAGCGCCUCUUCGCCGUUCCACUGUUCACCGUUCCCCUUUUCACAUUUCGCGUUCUUCAUCGUCACCAUCGUCGUCAUCGGCCCACUAUAAAUUCACGUUUCCAGCAAGCCGUAAGCGGGGAAGGAAGAUCAUCUAGAAACUCGCAUUCUCCAGUUCUCAUCUGCUGCUACUGUGAGAGAGAGAGAGGUUCUCUCGCCUAUAUAAAUCGUGCCGGCUUCCUCCUCGUGGAAGUGUACUUUCGAGCCUGAACCGGAAAAGCCCACGACUUUUCUGUCACUUUUGAACGAACGAGGGAGAGAGAGAAAGAGAGGGAAGGACUCAGGAGGGGAGGGAGGAAGGAAGGCAAAAAAAAAAAAAAAAAAAGAGACCACCCGAGGCCGUGAUCAGUGAUUACACAGCGUAAAUCACAAAACCCAGAAAGGAGAUAACCGAAAGGCGCCGCCUUUGCUGCCCCGAAUCUCUCUCUCGAAACCCCCCGAGCCCAGAGGGAGGGGACAGUGAGCGGGAGUGAAAUUUUGACGGGAGGGUGCCCAGCCUGAGAUCUCCCUGCGCGGCGGAAUCAUGGGCUCCGGCCAGGUGGUGGGUCCCGCCGGCGGGGGCGGCGGCGGCGGCGGCGGCGACAAUGGGGACGGUCGCUGCUGCGACAUGAGCCUCAAGUGCUCGUGCAGGUGGAAGUGCGAGCACCAGCACUACCGGGGCUUGUUUCUGAACGGCGGCGGCAGCUACAAGGGGCUGGUCUUCUUCCUGGGCUGCUUCGUCGUGCUGGGCUCGAUCGCCACCCUGUACGCGUGGCUCGCCUUCACGCCGCCCUACGCCGUCGCCGCCCGGGCGGCGGCCGGCGGCGGGUGCCGGGAGGACAAUGAAGGGUCCUGGUCCAUCGGCGUUUUCUACGGCGACUCUCCUUUUUCCCUCAAGCCCAUCGAAGCAAUGAAUAUAUGGAGGGAUGAGAGUGCAGCAUGGCCAGUGGCCAACCCGGUUGUGACCUGCGCUUCUACAUCCGAAGCUGGCUUUCCCAGUAAUUUCGUAGCUGAUCCUUUUCUUUAUGUGCAGGGUGACACUAUUUACCUAUUUUAUGAGAUGAAGAAUUUAAUCACUAUGCAAGGUGAUAUAGCAGUUUCAAGAAGUGUUGAUAAGGGAGCAACAUGGCAACAAUUGGGUAUUGCUUUGGAUGAGGAUUGGCACCUUUCUUAUCCCUAUGUUUUCAAUUAUCAUGGGCAGAUAUACAUGAUGCCUGAAAGCAGUGAGAAAGGGCAGCUUCGAGUUUACCGUGCCCUCGACUUUCCAUUGCAAUGGAAACUUGAUAAGGUUGUAAUGAAAAAGCCCAUGGUGGAUAGCUUUGUAAUAAACCACAAAGGCAAGUUUUGGCUCUUUGGCUCAGACCACAGCAGUUUCGGUUCCAAAAAGAAUGGGCAGCUGGAAAUCUGGUAUAGCGAUUCACCGCUUGGUCCCUGGAAACCGCACAAGAAGAAUCCUGUUUAUAAUACUUACAGGAGCGUGGGGGCUCGUAAUGGAGGCAGGCCAUUUAUACACGAUGGAAUCCUUUACCGAGUGGGCCAAGAUUGUGGAGAAACUUAUGGACGACGAGUUCGACUUUUUAAGGUGGAAGUCCUCACCCAAGAUGAGUUCAAAGAAGUUGAAGUCCCUCUAGGGGUAGAGGAGCCCAAAAAGGGGAGAAAUGCUUGGAAUGGUGCUCGGUAUCAUCAUCUUGAUGUGCAGCAACUCCCGUCUGGCGAGUGGAUUGGGGUUAUGGAUGGAGAUCGAGUACCUUCUGGGUAUUCCGUUCGUAGGUUUAUUCUCGGGUGUGCUUCCAUUGCAGCAGUUGCAGUUAUAGUCAUUCUAAUUGGUGUACUUCUUGGAGCUGUGAAGUGCAUUGUCCCUUUGAACUGGUCCAGCCAUGGCUUGGGGAAAAAAAGCAAUGCAUUUUUGGUGUGGGGGCGAUCAAAUAUGCUUUCUUCAAAGGUGAGACGAUUCUGCAGCCGUUUAAAUAGGGUGCCUCCAUUUCUCCGAGGUUGGGUGAAAGUCAACACACGUGUUGGCAGAUGCGUUGUUGCUUUUAUAUUUGCAAUUGGAGUAGCUCUAAUGUGCACAGGCGUCCAUUACAUAUACGGAGGAAAUGGUGCUGAUGAACCGUACCUAUGGAAGGGUCACUACUCUCAGUUCACCCUAUUGACCAUGACGUAUGAUGCUCGGAUAUGGAACUUGAAAAUGUAUGUAAAACACUAUUCUAGAUGUUCUUCGGUGAAGGAGAUAGUUGUGGUAUGGAAUAAGGGGGUGCCUCCUAAUUCGAGUGAUUUCGAUUCGGUGGUCCCUGUGAGAAUCAGGGUUGAGGCGAGAAACUCACUGAAUAAUCGUUUUAGAAUGGAUCCUUUGAUUAAGACCCGAGCUGUUCUGGAGCUAGAUGACGAUAUCAUGAUGACAUGCGAUGACGUAGAACGGGGUUUCAAGGUGUGGCGGGAGCAUCCGGACAGGAUAGUCGGUUUUUAUCCUCGUCUAAUUAAUGGAAACCCAUUGAAAUACCGUGCUGAAAGGUACGCACGGAAGCAUGAGGGAUACAAUAUGAUUCUAACUGGGGCGGCUUUUAUUGAUAGCCAACUUGCCUUCCAGAAAUACAAUAGCCCGCAAGUUAGGCUCGGGAGAGAAUUAGUGGACAAGUAUUUUAACUGCGAAGAUGUGCUUUUGAAUUACUUGUAUGCAAAUGCCAGUUCAUCUAGGACUGUCGAGUAUGUGAAGCCGGCGUGGGCCAUAGACACCUCAAAAUUCUCGGGUGCCGCAAUUAGCCGGAACACAAAAGUUCAUUACCGGAUAAGGAGCAAUUGCCUUGCUAAGUUUUCGCAGAUGUAUGGGGGUUUGGCCGGGCGUAAAUGGGCGUUCGAUGCAAGGAAGGAUGGUUGGGAUGUAUAGUGGAAUCCGGAGCAGUGUGUGAGAGGCAAAGUCGCCUCACUAACUCUUUCCCGUGAAACCUUCAAUUUUCGAUCUCAAUAGGUACAUUCUUCUCCUGCAUGUCAAUACAUAUUUACCCCUUUUCUUAGUGUGAAUCUUGGUUAGUGGGGCUCUGGCUCAGCGUUGGUCUCGGUCGGUGAAUUGUACAUUGAUCUUGUCGUAGAAGGUUUUGUCUUUGGAAUUUUUUUCAAGAUGCAGAGCUCCCCAUUUUCCUUUGGUUUAAACAAUAUGGUUUGGUUGCUUUUCUCUCUCGUUUGGACAACGUACCAUGCAAUGGAAAUGAAGAAAUUGCUUGAAGAAUUUUCUCUUAGCACUCCUCCAAUCUUGUACUUGUCAACUUUGUUUUUUUUUUUUUGGCCUUCUCUUCGGCUUUCUCGAGAGAAAUGUUCCAACUUUUGAAGUUUCUUAUGUCAUUGUCAUGUUGACUGUG